GUGUUGUAUUGAUUGAGUUAUCAGUUCCAGUACCAAAGCUUUAUAGGCAGAACAAAGGUGUCCAAGCUCAGCCGAGCUUAAUUAUUUUUUUCAGUACGAGUCAAACAAGCAACAUGCAGAGUUUACUUCUGCUGUGCUCCUGCUUAACUGCAUCAUUAAUCUUAAUCGAAGCGGAAGUAGAUAUCAACAUUGCUACGGCAAACCAGAUUCACAAGAAUCUCAAUAGAACAGUUUCACCCUGUACAGAUUUUUGGAAUUUUGCCUGCGGAGGUUUUGUAAAUAACUCGAAAUAUGUUGACAACUUUGAGUGGGUUGAGGAUCAGUUUGCUAGUGCCAUGGUGGAGUUCAUGGAGAGCAAUUUGGGUGAAGACGACAGCCGGACUCCGAGACUGAUUCAAAAAAUGCGAUCGUAUUACAAAGCCUGUAAGGAGGAUAAACAGAACGUUAAGACAAGCGAUCCUUUAGAUGAACUCACAGAUUGGUUGCCGGGCUUUAGCAAAUUCCUCGAGCACGGCUUGAACGGAGUAUUCUUCGAUGAGCGCGUUGAUGUGGCUGCAAAUGAUUCCACACGUCUGGUUAUUCAGAUAAAGAUGCCGGAGUUAAGUGCCAGUUAUAGUGCCCAACGUGCAGAGAGACUUUUACGUUUAUAUAAACUAGAGGAUGAGGAUGUGGUCAGAAGAUUGAUAAGGAACUUGCAGGAACUGCAGGAUAAAUAUCGUGUCGAGAAUCCUGUUGUAUUUACAUUCAAUUACAGUGAAAUUAAAAAGCAAAUUCCCUUAAUUGAAUGGAAUUCCAUUUGCAGUCAACUACUGGGUGAAAAUCAUACUUCGGAGGAGUUGGAUCAACUUCUUUUCGAGGUCAGUGAUAUGGAAUACCUACAAGAAAUUUCGCAGUUCUUAGCGAAUUUAGACAGUCGCCACAUAAACAUGUAUCUCCGAACACGCCUCUUUGUUUUCAUUGAAGAGUCGAAACCUAGAGAACGUAAUCCAAAGUCGUGCAUUCAUCACAUGCGUGCUAUUCUACCGCUGGGCAUUAAUUAUAUCUACGAUCGUUUUGUUUACCAAAAUCGAGACCAGGAUACCCGUGAUGUAGACAAGAUUUUAACCCACUUAAAGAAGACCUUUGACAUAUACCUGAGUGCCAAUCGCCUGAAGCUUACAGCACAUCAAUUAACUUAUGUCAGAGCCAAAUUGAAAGGCAUUCAGCUGAAGGUGGGAAAUUUACCUGAGGAAAAAUCUGACGAAUUCUAUGAUAACCACUAUGAAAGUGCCAAUUUUAGCGACUCAAGUUUCCUGGCCAAUCUUUUUCAAGCCUUGGCUCUACGAACCCGACAACAGCAUGCGGGCCUCCUAAAUCCGGAAUCCAAACUGGAUCUGAAACGCUACUAUGUCAACGAUAAUGUUGUGAAGGCCCGAACUUCUCCUUUUUAUGAAAACGAAAGGAACACCAUCACUGUACCAAUGGAAUUUUUGCAAUGGCCUUUGUUCGAUCAUCGGCAGCACUCAAUCUUCCGACAGAGUCUUUUGGGAGCAGUUCUUGGACACGAGAUGAACCACGCCUUCGAGCAGGAAGGCAUCCUCUUCGAUGCCGCCGGAAAUGAAUCACUUGUUGGUUUAGAGAUCAGGGAAUCGCUAGCCUUUCGUAAUGCCCUCAAAUGUGCAGAGGGCAAACCUUUUGUUUCCUUAAAGGAACGCCUGGCUGAUAUUAAUGGUCUUCAACUGGCCUACGACUCCUUCUUUGGUUUGGAUCAUGAUUCCCGGCUAUUCGAAUACCGUCCGUAUGCCUUUGAAUCGGAGUUCACAGCCCCGCAAUUGUUCCACCUGAGCUAUGCCCAGUUCUUCUGCGGAUCCCUGCCUCCGGUGAUCGCCCAUGAUCGCGAUGAUGAGCGUGUGAACGUAAGCGUUGGCAAUUUGCGUCAAUUUGCAUACGACUUCAAGUGCGAGACGAGCGACUCGUCCAUCUGCGAGAUGUGGCGUUCACGGGAGGAGACUGUUUCCACUUCAAAUGGGCAUCCAUAACAAUAAAAUGUAAUACAAAAUA